GUCACUAGUCAGAUUGCCUGUACUUUGGUUGUGUGAACUCGAGAGUCGAUCUAGGGUAUAGUUUGUUAAAUGUCUUGUUAAAUUUUGUGUUAACCAGAUUUUUCUUUUUUGCAAACUGCUGCUUUAGUAAAUUGGGUGUUGCAGUGUUGGCGCGGCGGCGGCAUGACCGACGUGACGAUGGUUGACGCCAACCACCGAGCCAACGGUGCGGGUGCGGCACAUGAUAGAGUGGCCAUCCUGGACGCAGGUGCGCAGUAUGGCAAGGUCAUUGACCGCAAGGUGCGGGAGCUGUGUGUGGAGAGUGAGAUCUUGCCCCUGGAUACUCCUGCGUUCACACUGAAGGAGAAAGGAUACAAGGCUAUUAUUAUAUCCGGAGGACCAAACUCGGUUUAUGCAGAGGAUGCUCCAAGGUACGACGCUGAUAUUUUCAGGAUAGGAAUUCCAGUUUUAGGUAUCUGUUACGGAAUGCAGAUGAUGAACAAGGAGUUUGGUGGACAAGUCAUUAGAAAAGAUGGCAGAGAAGACGGUCAGUUUGUUAUAGAUGUGGACCCUAAAUGUAUUUUGUUCAAGGGUCUGGAUAAGUCACAAUCAGUGCUAUUGACACAUGGGGACAGCAUAGAGAAGGUUGCAGAGACGUUUAGAGUGAUUGCACAAUCGCGCAACUUCAUCACAGGAAUUGCCAACGACAAGCUACGGCUCUACGGGCUGCAGUUUCACCCUGAGGUGGACUUGACCACUAACGGCAAGGCGAUGCUCAAGUCCUUCCUGUUCGAUGUGGCCAGUCUCACACCUAACUACACCAUGGAGAGUAGAGAGGCCGCAUGUAUUCGCUACAUCAAGGAGGCUGUCGGCACCAACAAAGUUCUGCUGAUGAUCAGUGGAGGUGUAGACUCAACCGUCUGUGCAAUGCUGCUCAAGAAGGCUCUGCCUGAAACUGACAUAAUCGCAGUCCACAUAGACAAUGGCUUCAUGCGCAAGAAUGAGAGCCAAACCGUUGAACAGCUGCUCACAAAACAAGGCAUCAAUAUACAAGUGAUAAAAGCAGGACACCAGUUCCUACACGGGACGACGUCAGUGCCGUUGGACAGUAAGGAGCCCAACGCCAGGACCAGAGUGACCAAGAUGUUGUGUAUGACAGCAAACCCUGAGGAGAAAAGGAAGAUCAUAGGGGAUGUAUUUGUGGAGGUGGCGAAUGAGGUGAUAAGUAACCUGAAGCUGAACACGGAGGAGGUGCUACUGGCACAAGGUACCCUGAGGCCUGACCUGAUAGAGUCUGCAUCACAUCUGGCCAGCGGUAAGGCCGAUGUCAUCAAGACACACCACAAUGACAGUCAACUGAUCCGAGCCCUGCGUGACCAGGGACAUGUCGUCGAGCCACUAAAGGACUUUCACAAGGACGAGGUACGAAAACUAGGACGGGACCUGGGGCUUCCAGCUGAUUUGGUGAUGAGGCACCCGUUCCCGGGACCUGGACUGGCGAUUCGGGUCUUGUGUGGUGAAGAGCCGUUCAUGGAGCGGGAUUUUGCUGAGACCCAAGUUGUUGUAAAAAUCAUCGCAGAGUACGACCAAAUGUUACAAAAAAAACAUGCACUGCUCAACCGAGUGGAGAGUGCAACAAGUGAGGAGGACAGAACGGAACUGAAACGAGUAUCAAGCAGACAACACCUGGCCGCCACAUUACUACCCAUCCGCAGUGUAGGUGUACAGGGUGAUUGCCGGAGUUAUAGUUACGUAGUGGGUAUAUCCUGUGAUCGAAAAGAGCCAAACUGGGAAGACCUGAUGUUCCUGGCUCACCUGAUCCCGCGGGUGUGUCACAACGUGAACCGGGUGUGUUACAUUGCAGGAGACCUGGUGCGUGACCAGAUCCUGGACAUCACCCCCACCUUCCUCACCUCGAUCGUGCUGGCCACGGCUCGGCAGGUGGACCAUGUCGCAACACAGGUUCUAGUAACAACCAAAACCGCACACCUGAUCAGCCAGAUGCCUGUAGUGCUGAUACCCAUCCACUUCGACCGAGACACAGUGACCAGAGGCCCGUCCUGCCAGCGGUCUGUAGUCCUCAGACCCUUUAAGACUCAGGACUUCAUGACUGGUGCUCCUGCCAUUCCCGGCAAAGACCUGCCCAUUGAAGUUGUAAACAAGAUGUUCUCCGAAGUGGCCAGUGUACAGGGGAUCUCAAGAGUGCUGUACGAUCUAACGUCCAAGCCUCCGGGUACUACGGAGUGGGAAUGAUGGCCGACCACACCCUAGACUCCGGUUGUCAGUGUUGCCAACGGACAUCAAUAACAGUGUUUUGUGUUAAAGUGUUGGACUCACUGUUUCUCCUCACUUCUGUCUUGAGGUUUGGUGACAGCAUUCCGUACACCAACUUGCAGUUAUCAAUGGUUUAUAGAUAAUUCACUGACUGACUGUAUUAUUUUAUUAAUAAAGCUUGUUUUACCAUAGUUUAGCGAGUGAAUGCUCCAGCCCGUGCGCCACUGCGGUACAAAUAUUUUUUUAAUUGUAAAUUUUAAUAUAUAAAAUUUCUCAUUUUCUCUGUUGCUAAUUUUUAAUUCUAAAUCAUCGGAUAAGAAAUGUUAAUAUUAACUUUAAACAUUCUAUUUAUAUUUUACUAUUUAUAUUUAAUUUACGAAAUAAAUUUUAAUACAGCAAAAUCUGUCAUAUUUCUUUUCUGUUUAUGUUUUUAAGAGGCAGUUUUUGCUGUAUUAAUAUUUUGAUUGGUUGCAAAUUAUGGUUUGUGUAUUCUUUAACAAAAACCUUGAAAUAUUUUCAAGCAAUGUUUAUAUAUGUAUUUUUUAUACAGCUGCUAUGUUUCUACUUUAAGAGACUUGUAUUUUGUUUUUAUAGAUUACUGGAAUUGUAAAGAUUAUUAAAUGAAACAGUAGAACUCAAUAAUAGUGGAGAUUGUAAUAAAUUAUUUUCAUGCGA